GUCGGGGGGAAAUGUGAAGGAUUUUCAGUACGCAUGCGUCAGAGGGACCCAACCCUGGUUCUUAUAUUUGGCCAAGUCCGGGUUGAGGAGGAUUGUUAGGGGACUGGCGGCGAAGUCUCCCGAACAGUCCUGAUUCUAGUAAGAUAAAACUGCACUUCUACAAGUAUUUCCUGUUUCUCGCUUACCAAGAAUUGUGAUACAUCAUGGAUGAUCUGUCAGCAGAAGAAAUUCAGCUAAGGGCUCAGCAGGUGACUGAUGAGUCCUUGGAAAGCACAAGGAGAAUCCUGGGGUUAGCCAUUGAGUCUCAGGAUGCAGGAAUCAAAACCAUCACUAUGCUGGAUGAACAAGGGGAAAAACUGAACCGCAUAGAAGAAGGCAUGGACCAAAUAAACAAAGACAUGAGAGAGGCAGAGAAGACCCUCACAGAACUCAACAAGUGUUGUGGCCUUUGUGUUUGCCCUUGGAAUAGGUCAGCAAAUUUUGAGUCUCGCAAGGACUAUAAGGCAACAUGGGUUGAAGGUGGAGAAAAUUCACCUGGUAAUGUGGUUUCUAAGCAGCCAGGCCGUAUGACAAAUGGUCAGCCUCAGCAAACAGCUGCAGGAGGAGCCAGUGGUGGCUACAUUAAACGGAUAACUAAUGAUGCCAGAGAGGAUGAAAUGGAAGAAAAUUUGUGUCAGGUGGGCAGUAUACUGGGGAACUUGAAAACCAUGGCCAUAGACAUGGGCAAUGAGAUUGACUCUCAGAACAAGCAAAUAGGCAGAAUCACCGAGAAGGCUGAUACUAACAAAGAUCGUAUUGAUAUUGCCAAUGCCAGAGCAAAGAAACUCAUUGACAGUUAAAGAUGUUGCUGCUGCCUUCAUCCAAGAAUUCUUUCAUCUGCUACAUCCUUCAGUUCUUCCUGAGUCACUCACUACCUUUCAGUGUUUGAAAUUUCUUUGCCCCAACAACCCUCUCUAAGCAAAGAGAUGGGAAGAAAGGGUCAGAGGAGUGAAACAGAUCCCUGCCAGCUGGUUUCAGAUUCUUGCUCUUUUCCCUUGUGAGCAGAUUGGUAUAAACUAUUUAGUCUUCCCUUUGGGAUUUUCCUCCUCAGUACACAGGCUGAGGUUGUGUUGCAAACCCUUAAAAUUGUUUUAUAUCCUUGUUCCCCUCGAGCAGAUUUUUGCUUUCAGGAUUUUUAAGCAUUGCCAAAGACAACAAUGGAGGAGAGAGAGUGUAUAUACUCUGGGAUGGGGUAGGGAGGGAAUUGUGAGGUUUGAGAGGAUUGUUUGUUGUUGCUUCUGUUAUACCAGUAGAAGUUCUACAGGCCCUAACUACAUUGAAAAGUUACAUAGAGAAACUGCCUAGUCACAUCCCAUCUUCCUUUGAAAAUAAUUGGGUUCAUUGCCAGUUUAUUUGGCCCUGGGCAAGUCAUUCAGCCUCUUGGUGCCCCCAGGCAGCUGCCUGUGACUCUAGAAGUUGCAGAGCGUGCAUGUCCCUAUCUGCAUCAGAUGAACUCAUUGGCUGCUGGUUUGUUUUUGGAGAUUAUGAUUCUUCAAAUCAUAAAAUCUUAAACAUGCAGAACAGAGUAACUUUUUUUUUUAAUAAAGGAACUUAAUUUUUCUCCAAAGGAUUUCUAUACAGACAUGUUUUGUGAUCCCAGUUCAUGCUGCACUUUCUAGAACACUUUGCAUAACUUCAUGGUUUAAAAUAAAAAACAUUUGUAGCAUCAUUUUCCCAUUACAAGGCUGUAUCCUCAUUAAUUUAUCAUCUCAGUGUUGAUAUCAUUCGUUUGGGAGAAAUUGUAUUUACAGGUUAAAACAUCGAUAUUUCUUCAAAGGAUGACAAAUUGGUUAACAAAUUGUAUAAAAAUGAAUUCAAGUUUACCUCAAAACCAUGAAUUAUGGUGUGGUGGUUUUUUUUGUUUUGUUUUUGGAGGAACAGUUUGGGAGUUGUAAUAAAUAUGACCUCAAAAAAAGUAGUUGGGUUGCUUUGAUAUCCUUACAACUCUCAGCUUUAAAACUUGUUACCUUUCUCUGCUGUAGGAGUCUGUCCAUUCUAGACUAUGCUUGUUUCUGUUCAACUAGAAGUGACCUGGAAAAUCACAAGUUUGGCUCAGUUAUUAGUGAAGACAAAUGUGAUUGCACUAUCUUUUUUUUUUUCAUAUUUAACAUAAAUAUCCAGCAUCAGAUUUGGAUCCUCAACAUUACCUGAAAGCCUAUAUGAGCUGAUCGUAAUAUAUUUGUACCCUUUUCAUUCACAUAUCAACACAUGCAUAUCGGCUGUUUUUCUGGACUAGUUUGACACUUGCAAUUAAAUUCUGUACCUGACCAGUGGGAUGUUCUCUCUCAAGGUGGUAGAAAUUCUUUUUGAUCACAAUUUUGGGAGAAGUGAGUCAACUCAACUUGUGAAAUGAAAGAAAAAAGGUCUGUGCGUGAAGAGCCAAGUUGAAGCUGCCAUUAGAAUGAUCAGGUUUCUGUUAAUAAAAAAAAUUUUUUUUCUCUUUUA